AUGCUCUGUGGCUCUCUACUGUUUGCUCCCUCGCUUGCAUUAUCUCCCUGCCUCCCUUCCCCCACUCUCUUUUCAGUGACACAGAAAAACUAACGCCGCCCCCUCCCUCUUUGCCUGCUUGCUUCUGCCCCUCUUUCACCAAUGGCAGACAAACACCAUACUCUCUUUUUAACUGUGUUUUUUCACCAUUACAUCUCCAAUUUGCAUUCCUCAAGCCAAAUCACCCAGCGAGCAUCAUCGGCACCCAUCCAUCAGUAACCCCCUCAUCACUUCUGUCGUGUUGCUGCAUGUUCUCCAGCCUCCUUGUCACUGAAUUAGUGUUGAUGCAGCCUCCACUGGUAGCUGGUUCUGCCUAAAAAUCCAUUGCAUGCUGUUUUCUACCCCCCUCUCUCUUUUCUAUUCAUUGUUCACUCCAUCUCUCUCCCUCCCUUCCUCUUUCUCUCAGCAUCACUCCCUGGGAACCCACGUUUUUUUUUUUUUUCUUCUUUUCUCCCCUCCUCAGUAUUUUAUGUUGCCUUUCCCUGCAUCUCCCCCUCCCCUUUAUUCAUCUAUGUGUGCUCUUACUCCAAUUUUAUGUGAAUCUCUACUUCACAUUAGCACCUCGACACGUCGCAGCCCAACAGAGCUGUCAUAAGGCAGGAGUUCACUAUUUUGCAUCCAACAUCCAUUUUUUUUCCCAGGAUGAUGUUUUUUCAAGAGCAUCAGCCGUCGUUGACUGGCAGUAUACCCCUCUGAGUGGGUAAAUAUUUCACGGACGCCGGCGAGAAGAGAAGACACAAGAAGGAGAGAGAAACCUCCCAACGCAACCGACAGAGGGUGGAGGAGGAGACCAGCAGCGGUUGUAGAAAAUGGCUGCCAUGACAACGGUGCCCAGCUAUACCCCUUCGCUGUGGGUGAGAUUGUGUCAUGCCCUCCCCCGGCUGGACCUCACCAUGCAGAUGAAGGACAACAUCUUUGUCCCCGACAGCUGGGAGUACCAGCAGACUCUGCUGGUUCUGUCCAGUUUAUCAGCCAUCGCUCUCGUUAUCUCCCUCUUGGUGGUUCUCUCCUUCCUCAUACAUUACUGCUGCUGUCACCGUGGUGACCGGAGCGAGGGAUCAGAGGAGGAGGAGGAGGAUGAAGAUGCCAGCACGGGUCACGGUUACAGCGGGAAGAAAGGGAGGGGCAUCUGCUGUGUCACGUGGGUGGCGGUGGCGUCUGUCACGCUCUGCUGUGUUGCCAUAGGCAUCGGUUUCUAUGGCAACAGCGAGGCUAAUGAUGGGAUGUAUCAGUUGACCUCGUCUCUUCUCACAGCCAAUUAUACGCUAGCUUCCAUCGAUCUGCUGAUUUCAGACACCAUUGCUGGGCUGCAGCUGUCUAUCUCUGGCCCUCUGGCCUCCAUGGAGGAGCUGUUUACUGGCAGUAAACCCUUCCUGGUAUCGACGCGGAACUGCCGGAGGUUAUCUGAGAACGUGGUUAACCUUCUCUCCUCCAUCUCCCUGGCUCGGGCCAGUGUUGACGCUGGUCUGGGAAAUGACAGCGGUAUCAGCGGGGCGUCCAUCAUACCUCUGACUCCAGUACCUCCCUCUGUGGCUCCUACAGUGGUGCCUACUGGUGGCAUAAUGCCCAAUCCCUUCUCACCUGGCUGGGCAGCCAACACGCUGAUGGUCAAUGAGGAUUAUAGGUGGCUGUCAUAUGUUCUGCUGCUGCUGCUUGACCUCAUAGUGUGUCUGUUCAUCCUGCUGGGACUGGCUAAGCAAGCCCGCUGGCUGCUCAUCCUGAUGACUGUGCUGGCCUGGCUGGCUCUCUUCCUAAGUUGGGGCUCCCUGGGCUUGGAGACAGCCACUGUAGUGGCUCUCAGUGACUUCUGCUCAGAUCCAAACACCUUUGUCCUCAACUCCACCAACUUCAACACCGGGACCAGCACAGAUGUGUUGGAUUAUUACCUGACCUGCAGCAGGCGCAUGAACAGUCCGUUCCAGCAGCUGCUGACGCAGUCGCAGAGGGCGCUGUCCAACAUUCACACGCACCUCUCCAAUCUGGACAGAAAUGCGCUCACGCAGUUCCCCAAAGCUGAGAAAUCACUCAGGGAGGUUCAGCAAAUACUCAACUCCACAGAGGGCAACUUUCAUCAGUUGGUGGCACUCCUGAACUGCAGAGGUCUGAAUAAGGACUACAUUGACUCUUUGAAAGGCCUGUGCUAUGAUGGGAUGGAGGGAUUGCUCUACCUUUCUCUUUACUCUUUCCUCUCCGCUCUGGCCUUUACUGCCAUACUCUGCUCUCUGCCCGGUGCCUGGAGGAGCUUCCCAAGUGAAUCAGAGGAGUACGAAGACUCGGACAGCGAGAGUGAGGACCCCUUCACAUCCCAUCAGGCACGUAGACAGACGGCCUCGGGGUCUCAGCGAGGGGCCAUGGCCCCCUUCUAUAAUUACCCGGGGGCCGGGUGGACACCCCCGUUUUCUAGCGCGCCGCCCCUCCCGACUCCAAACGUUUCCUCCAAUGGCAACCCUGGCUAUGAGAGCCUCCCUUUGACUGACAGGCAGUCCCCACCCCCCUCUUACUCUCCCAGCAUGCUGACUGGUUACGGGGGAAGUCAAUCACACCCCAAUCCUGCCCAUUCGCGGAACCUGUAUUCACGUUGAUUAUUUUUUUGUUAGGAAAUGUAUAGAAGCAAAAAAAAAUGUUUAGUUUUCAUAUGAAUGGACACUUUAAAAUGAAAAAGAGACUAAUCUAAAUACAAUGAAUGCUAGGUGUGAAUUCAAAGUGCGUAACGUCAGUACCACUGAAUAUUAUUAUUAUUAUUAUUAGAAGCACUUAAAAGAAACAGGUCUAAACAGACUGUUGAUAUAACCGACAGUGUUAAUGGUGGUAGGACGGUUGCGCAAAAGACUAUGAACCAAGUCCACUUGGUCUAAAUUCUUUCCCCCUUGUCUGUCCAAACUUUGUGUAAACUGUGAACAGUGGUGAGGCAAGUCAGAACGGUAUUGACGUUACUACGUUGUAGUUUUAUAUUCUUAAAUGUAUCAGUACCACCGAUUUUAUUUUUAAGUUUUUAUAUAAAUAUUGUUGUAGAAAAAGCACUGGCACGUAGCAACAAGACACAUUUUUUUCUGUGAAUGGUUAUGCAGUUUCCUCACUUGGUAUCUUUUUUUUAUUAUUAUUAUUAUUACUUUUUAUAGGUGGCAAUUCUGUAUUUUCCUUGUAUUACCUUAUGGUAUUCUGUAUAUCUCACUGUCUAUAAUAUCUAAAUAAUCAU